GAAGCAUUUGGCGCGAAGCGACCGGCAGGCACGGGGAUGGACAGUCCACUCCUGUUCUCCAGGCUGAGGAUAGGGCCUGGAGAUGGAGUCCGGGAGAAGGGUGAAAGGGGUUUGAUUAUAAGCCAAACAGAAUACCAAACAGAAGUGGUACCACGAAACCUUCUACCCUUGAAUGUGAGGCUGAGAACCUCCCUGAGCUGCGGAGGAUGCUAGGGUGCAGCUGAGAGUCACCGAGAAGCCGCCGCUAACUGUGUCAAGGCAGAUUCCUGGACGUCUCAGGCACGAUUCCCUCCGGAGAAGUUGUACGGUUCCGGGCCCCCAGCCCCGCAGGCUCAGGAUGGACCAGCCUCUGCCUCCCGAGAGCAGCUUAACUUCAGAUGAUGGCCAGCCAGAGGUUAUCAGAGAAGAAUCUAGACAUCUUUCAAAAGAACAGCUUUCUACACUUAUAUCUGCUGCUUCCAUUAAUUUGGGAUCAAUGAUGUGCUAUUCAAUUCUGGGACCAUUUUUCCCUAAUGAGGCUGAAAAAAAAGAUGUCAGCAAUACAGUUAUUGGAAUGAUCUUUGGAUGUUAUGCUUUGUUCAACUUGAUGUCAUCCUUGUUAUUUGGGAAAUAUCUUGUACACAUUGGAUCAAAGUUCAUGUUUGUGGCAGGAAUGUUUGUCUCAGGAGGAGCUACAAUUCUCUUUGGUAUGUUGGACCAAGCUCCUGAUGGACCAGUAUUUAUUACUAUGUGUUUUCUAGUGAGAGUGGUGGACGCAAUAAGCUUUGCUGCAGCAAUAACUGCAUCAUCUUCUAUUCUUGCAAAAGCUUUUCCAAAUAACGUAGCUACAGUGAUGGGAAGCCUUGAAAUCUUUUCUGGACUAGGACUGGUUUUGGGACCUCCUCUAGGUGGUUUUUUAUACCAAAAAUUUGGCUAUGAAGUACCCUUUAUUUUUCUUGGAUGCUUAGUUCUACUGAUGGUGCCACUCAACAUGUGUAUUUUACCUAAUUUUGAUCCUACUCCUAGUGAAAACUCAUUCUGGAAACUCAUUACUUUACCCAAGGUUGGACUUAUGUCAUUUGUCAUCAUUUCAUUAAGUGGAGGCUUUGGCUUCUUGGAUCCUACACUGUCUCUCUUUGUACUGAGUAAAUUUAAUUUGUCAGCAGGAUAUGUGGGGCUCGUAUUUCUGGGGCUGGCAUUAUCUUAUGCAAUUUCUUCACCUCUUUUUGGACUGCUAAGCGAUAAAAUUCCAUCCCUAAGGAAAUGGCUCCUGGUUUUUGGAAACAUAAUAACAGCAGUAUGCUAUAUGCUUUUAGGACCUGUUCCAAUCUUGCAUAUCGAAAGUCAGCUCUGGCUGUUAGUCCUAGCACUGGUUGUGAAUGGCAUCUCUGCUGCAAUGAGCAUAAUACCAACUUUCCCAGAGGUACUCAGUUGUGCAUAUGAAAAUGGAUUUGAAGAAGGAUUAAGUACAUUGGGACUCGUGUCUGGGCUUUUUGGUGCAAUGUGGUCACUUGGAGCAUUUAUAGGACCAACACUAGGUGGAUUUUUAUAUGAAAAAAUUGGUUUUGAAUGGGCUGCAGCUAUACAAGGACUCUGGACUUUAAUUACUGGAUUGGCAAUGGGACUGUUUUACAUUCUGGAGCACUGUCAAGGAAAGAGAUGUGAACCCAAAAAUACCUUCAGCAGAGAAGAAGAAAGAGAAGAAAGAACAUCUCUGUUGCCACAUGGGGUAUAGCCUUAUAUACUCUAGAUUGACAGAAUGCUUGAAGCUGUAUUCUCAUUACUUUUAGCAAUCAGAAAUAUUUGUUUCAGAAAGAAGAGCCCACAAACGGAACACAGGUCCCUAAAACCAGCCUUCUGACCUUGUUAACACUACAUUUUGAAUGAUCCAGAGUUAGGUGGUCAAGUGCCCAGAUAAAUUGGUCAUUUUCGAUAUAUUUGUGUAUCUACUUUUAAGUGAAUGUCAAAGCUCCUUGCUCUCUGGGCUGGGUAGCUGAAUGUAUUCAGGUUUAUCACUACUUCAGUGUAAGUUUUACCAUAAGUGCAAUCAUUCUAUAAAUGCACCUUUUUACAGGGGGUGGGGGGAUGGGGGAGAGAAUGACUUGACUUCUCUAGGCAACUCAUAACCUCAGUAGACUUAACAAUGACUCAAAGUAUUUGAAAAAAUGAAUUUGAAAUUUAAUAAAAAAAAUCUUUCAUAGCCUUGAA